AUGCAGGUGGGCAACGAGCUCGGCGCCGGGAAGCCGCGGCGUGCGCGGAUGGCGGCGACGGUGGCGCUGUGGUGCGCAGCGGGCGUGGGCCUCGCGCACGUGGCGUGGACGGCGGCCUUCAGCGCGCAGUGGGUGUCGCUCUUCACCCGGGAGCCGUCGGUGGUGCUGCUGGCGUCGGCGGCGAUGCCGCUGCUGGGGCUGUGCGAGCUGGGCAACUGCCCGCAGACCACGGGGUGCGGCGUGCUGCGCGGCACGGCCAGGCCCGCCGUGGGCGCCCGCAUCAACCUGCUCUCCUUCUACCUCGUCGGCACGCCAGUGGCGGUGCUGCUGGCGUUCGGGCACGGGCCGUUGUCCGGGUUCCGCGGGCUGUGGUACGGGCUGCUGUCCGCGCAGGCCGCCUGCGUGGCUCUGGUGCUGGUCGCCGUCGUGUGGCGCACCGACUGGCGCGUCGAGGCCAUGCGCGCGCGGAAGCUGACCGGCACCGGCGCGGACACGACGGCGACGGCCACCGAGGGGGAGGAGCAGGAGGAGAUGAGGCGCCUCGUGGCCGGCAACGGCCUGGAGGCGGACGUCGACGUGUAG